AUAAUGUAGUCUAUGCAUGUUUCAUAUAUUGUUUAUUGCAACAAUAACAAAAAAGUCUCCAGCGAAUGUUGGCUAAGAAGUAAAGAUGCAAAGAUCGAAUUAUUUCUAGGGGCAUGUAUAAAGUUUGAACUAAUUCGAUAUUAGCGGAUGUGAACUAUGGCUGCAGUUUAUCAGGCGGAGAAGGACAAAUUAGUGGACAAGCGUCCGUGCGCAGGAGCACGCGCGGACCUAAAGUUGUGUCUGUUGGCUAGCGAUUGUGUGAUUAAGGACAAGAAGACGCCCAGAGAGUGCCUGAGGAGUGGGGGCAGCUCGGUCCCAGACGCUUGCUAUGCACUUCGCAACACGUUCUUUGAGUGCAAGCGGUCUCUGCUGGACAAUCGUCAGAGGUUUCGCGGGAGGAAAGGAUACUGACGGAAGUUCCUGUUUGUGGUUGCAAUUGUAAACUUGUACAAAGUAUAGUAUGUUAACUACUUAAA